GCCAAGUAUUCUCUCUCUUCCAACGGCCUAUCCUUGCCUCACCCGUAGCGAGCUAUCCCGCUGCACAUCAAGCGUCGCGCGCUCACUUUCUGACCUCCGCCAAUACCCAUGCUAUCGCGCGCGCAUCCUCCUCAUCGAAACGAAUGCUUCAGAAUGAUCCUUCCGCUGCCGCAUCCUAUCCCGUAGGGGAAUCUUCCGCACCCUCCACAGCAGGAACAUCUGGGGCAUCCGCCUCACAACCUCAAACACACAUUACACUUGAGCAGCCCGAGCCCAGACUGGCAUUGACAUUCACGUGCACAGUAGAGGCCUGUGGGCAUCGCUCAACACACCAGUUUACGAAACGGAGUUACACGAGGGGUAUCGUCAUCGUGCAGUGUCCUGGAUGCAAGAACAGGCAUCUGAUUGCUGACCAUCUUGGAUGGUUCAAGGAGAGCACAGAGGACGGCAAGUUGAAGACGGUCGAGGACCUCUUGCGCGCAAAGGGCGAGAAGGUCCGCAGGGGUAGGCUAGAUGCAGGUGGUGUCGUCGAAUACGCUCCAGAAUAGACAGUAGGGGCUCACCCAUCCCCAUUCC